ACAAUGCUAAGCGUUGGUUGUAAGCGUAAUGCGAAUUGGUAAAGGUUGACAGCGGAAGAUCAGCUGCUAGUUGUGCAGAGUUGACAGUGUUGUUUUCGUGUUUGUGAAGUGGCGGGGACCGAGAGGAACUAUGUCUCGGCAAACGAACAGAGGCACGGAGAGCAAAAAGAUGAGUUCAGAGCUCUUCACUUUGACCUAUGGUGCACUGGUUACCCAACUAUGCAAGGACUAUGAAAAUGAUGAAGAUGUUAACAAGCAGCUGGAGAAAAUGGGUUACAACAUAGGUGUACGACUCAUUGAAGAUUUCUUAGCUCGGUCCAAUGUAGGGAGGUGUCAUGAUUUCCGGGAAACAGCGGAUGUAAUUGCCAAGGUGGCGUUUAAGAUGUACCUUGGGAUCACCCCCACCAUCACAAACUGGAGUCCUGCAGGUGACGAGUUUUCCCUCAUCCUAGAGAACAACCCACUUGUUGACUUUGUAGAGCUGCCAGAUAACCAUUCCACUCUUGUCUACUCCAACCUACUCUGCGGGGUAUUGCGUGGAUCACUAGAAAUGGUGCAAAUGGCGGUGGAUGUGAAGUUUGCUCAGGACACACUUAAGGGUGACAGUGUUACAGAAAUCAGGAUGAAGUUCAUCCGGAGGAUUGAGGACAAUCUACCAGCUGGUGAAGAGUGACGAAGUAGCCAAGACUCCUAAACUUCUAGGAAUUCCAACACUCAAUGCAACAUUUUGAGCCCCUUUCUGGCACCGUGUAUUGCAGGCCCUUCUGGCAGUGUGACUAUUAAAGCAGCAGUCAUAAUUCUAUUUUUUUUUUUUAAAUACCAAACACUAUUUAUUGUGACAUCUUGUAGCACCUUCCUGUGAAAUGCUGCUACAAAUUCACAUUUCUACAAGCCACAUCAGACUUUUUUCUGAAUAUAACAUUUCUUUUUUGAUGAGAGCAUUGCUAAUAGCUGCAGCAUGUUCUAGUUGCAUAUUUGUUUUGUCCAAGCUAUCAAAAAAACAGCUGCAGGAUAUUGGGGUAAUUUAUAUAGUUUAUCAACAACAAAGCAGCGCUAAAUCAGUCAUCUUUGAUCUGGUGUCUGUCAGUAUCUAAGCUGUAAACAUAUAUCUUUAUUCUUUAAAAAGAAAGUCAUAUAAAAAUAAAUUCUUACUGACUUUACUAGAAAGGUGAAAUGUUUUCUCACAAUGACACAUUUCCUAUUACACCAUUUUUUUUAAUUUCAUAAGUAGCACUGGAAAGAUUUGACCUACAUUUCUAUUAAUUUGUACCCGUGUCUUAUAUCCUGAAAAAAAAUCUGAAAGAGGACCUAGCUCUGCCUCUAAAAGAUGCAUAAUAUCAAGCACCAGAAAUUGUUUGUGGUCGAGGUAAUGCUUUAAAUGUCAUUCUUCAUUGAUAAGACUUCAUGAACUUGUAGUAAUUCUAUGUUCACCAGUCACUAGUGAAGGGCAAACGAGUCACUUCUGGUGCAAGAAUGUAACAAACUGGCUGGAGAGACUUAUCAUUUUGUUUUUUUCAGUUGUAGAGUGUAUUAUUAAAAAAAGAAUAUUGACACAUUUAUAUGGUACAUAUUUUUCUUUGUUUGUACUUAGACUAUGAUGUAAAACAAUGUCCAAACACCAGCAGACUGCUAUUUUCUUACUGUGUAGCCUGCGUUUUACACUUCACUAAUUCCCCCCAUGAAAAUAGUCUAAUUAGUGACAUCUAGUGGUCAUUUUUCCAUAUUGGUUUAAAGCCAUAUGUAGUCCAGAUAGCUGUAACUUGGCAGCUACUAGCAGCCAUUCCGCCUCUUGGUUUUCAAGAUUUGGGGGGGGGGAAAUUUCUGUAUUGAAAGGAUUUUGCUUUUUAGUAUAUUAUAUGCAUGCAAGAUUAUGUACUGGUGUCAAUAUUUUUUUUUUUUAAAUGUUACUGUCUUAUUGUUUUUCUUGGUUGAGUUUUACAUUCUGAAUUGUGUUAGCAUAUUUGGAAUAAAUAACUAAAUCUCCAAA